CUGGGCAACAGGUUGUCAAAUUUGUGUUUGUAUUUUGAAAAUUUGUCAAAAUUUUUGUGUUUAUUUUUUAAAUUUAGUGUAACAUGCGUGAAAUUGUGCAUAUUCAGAUCGGUCAAGCUGGUAAUAAUAUCGGCUCAAAAUUUUGGGAGGUGAUUUCCGACGAGCACGGCAUCGACCCCUCCGGAAAAUUCAAUGGCAACACUGACUUACAGUUAGAGCGGAUAAACGUAUAUUUCAAUGAAGCCACAGGUGGCAGAUAUGUUCCUCGCGCAGUCCUCGUGGACCUGGAAGCAGGAACGAUGGAUACAGUCAGAUCGGGACCUUUCGGUCGUCUUUUCGCUCCCGAUAAUUUCAUUUUUGGGCGCGAAGGAGCUGGUAACAACUGGGCCAAAGGCCAUUACACCGAAGGCGCGGAAUUAGCAGACACCGUUCUCGAUAUUACACGGAAAGAGGCGGAAGGAUGCGACUGCUUGCAAGGAUUCCAAAUCGUGCACUCCCUUGGCGGAGGCACCGGAUCCGGACUGGGAUGUCUCUUAUUGGGGAAAAUACGCGAGGAGUACCCUGACAGGAUUAUCAGCACGUUUUCAAUUAUUCCAAGUCCUAAGGUCUCAGAUACGGUGGUCGAACCAUACAAUACUGUAAUGUCGAUUCACCAUUUGGUAGAAAAUACCGAUGAGACAUAUAUUAUAGACAAUGAAGCAUUGCAUGACAUUUGUUUCAGGACGCUGAAACUAACAUCUCCGAGUUUAGCUGACUUAAAUCAUUUAAUUUCAGCUGCCAUGUCCGGAAUAACGGCUUGUAUCCGGUUUCCGGGGCAAUUGAACGCAGAUUUAAGGAAAAUCCAGGUUAAUAUGGUUCCCUUCCCGCGUUUACAUUUUUUCAUGCCCGGAUUUGCGCCUCUGGUAUCCCGGGGAAUGAGACCGUAUCAAGCCGUGACGGUCCCCGAAUUGGUGCAUCAACUGUUCGAUGCAAAAAAUAUGAUGUGUGCUUGUGAUCCCAGAAGAGGGAGGUAUUUGACCGCAGCGUCAAUUUUUCGAGGACGGAUGUCGACUAAGGAAGUUGAUGAACAGAUGUACAACAUUCAGAAUAAGAAUAGUAGUUACUUUAUCGAGUGGAUUCCGAAUAAUUUGAAGAGCGCGAUAUGUGAUAUUCCGCCAAGAGGGUUGAAGAUUUGUGGGACAUUUAUUGGAAAUACGACUGCAAUACAAGAGUUGUUUAAGAGAGUCGGAGAGCAAUUUUCAGCAAUGUUUAGAAGGAAAGCUUUUGUGCAUUGGUAUACGGGUGAAGGAAUGGAAGAAAUGGAAUUUACGGAAGCUGAAUCGAAUAUGAAUGAUCUGAUUUCGGAGUACCAACAGUAUCAAGAGGCACCAGCUGAGUAUGAUGAGGCCGAAAUUGAGGAUAUGGAUGAUGAUGACGAUGAAUAUUAAAUUAAAAUGAAUAUUAAACAAUUAAUAUUUUAACGAUAUUAAAAUAUGAAAUUAAAAAAAGAAAAUGACAAAAAAUAUAAAAGCCAUU